AUGACUGAGGUGACGGUGACGGCGUCAGGUCGUAACGACGUAGAUGACUUUUUAUCCAGUCUUUCACAAUUAUCUCAGGAGAAGCUUAAAGAGGACCGUCAACGCCAACGAAAUUUACAGCGUGACAUUGAUGAGUUGAGAUCACGACUGAAUAGCUCUUCUCCGACUAAACAAGAAUAUCAAGUUACAAACACAAGGGUAAUGUCUCCGUAUAACAUGAAUGUACCCGACUUGAAGUUCAAUCGCUCACUACCUAGAAAGGCUGACAAUGGUGCUGGUGAUGGUAAUAAUACCAAGGAUAGUACGAGUGUAUUUCGUCGACAAGCGGUAGACAAUGACGGAGAAGACAAAAGUGAUACAAGACCUAGGUUACCAGGAAGACGGGACCAAUCGAGUGACCAACUGGGUGACAGAAGUGAAGUACCUGUAUUACCAAGAAGAUGGGACCAACCAGGUGACAGAAGUGAAGUACCCGCAUUACCAAGAAGAUGGGAUCAACCAGGUGACAGAAGUGAAGUACCUGCAUUACCAAAAAGAUGGGACCAACCAGGUGACAGAAAUGAAGUACCCGCAUUACCAAGAAGAUGGGACCAACGAGGUGACAGAAAUGAAGUACCUGCAUUGCCAAGAAGAUGGGACCAACGAGGUGACAGAAAUGAAGUACCUGCAUUGCCAACAAGGCGAGUUCAUGAUGAAGACUCUCCCAAACUACCAAGACGACUACUGAAACCGUCGUUUGGACUAAUGCAACCUGUUGCUAGAAAAGAGCAAUCGCCAUCACCGACUAGAUCGAAUCAGAAUGAUAAAAAACAAAAGGGGAACUUGUCAUCUGUGGAGGGCAACUCUUUUCGUCGAAUGGAAUACAUGAUAAAGGCUGGAGAAAGAGAAGAAGGCAACUCCACCAAAGAAAUGGCUCAACCAGGAUUGGUGGUGGGGGAAAAAGUAAAGGAAAAACCUGUAAAACCAGAUUGGCUUACUUCAUUGGCAUCGGCAAAAUCAACAGUCUCAACACCGCAAUCAGUGAAAACCACAGGACCCAUUUUCAGUCCUGUGAGGCCCAAGCCUACUAGCUGGCUCGAUAGCGCGGUUAGUAAGUCACCCGAAUCAAAGCCAAAACCUGUAUUGUAUCCAGUUAUAAAACCUAAUAAACCAGCCCAUUUAUCAAACAAAAUUGAAAACGCAAAGUUGAAAAAGGGUAAAAACGAUGAUGAAGAAGUAAAGCCAGAGUUUUUAGACGCUUUACUGAAACUUAACAAACCAAACAGUCUAUUGAAUAAGUGUGGAAAACCUCAACCAACUACGAGGUCUCAACCUGUAUUGAAAUUGCAAGAAUCACCAUUGGAGUUUCAAAAGAAAGUCAACUUAAUGACGAAAUCAAAACCACCAGCAGUACCUGCAAAACCAAAGCUUGCCACAAAUUUGAAGGUAAAGGAGUUCGAGGAGAAGGAUGCUAGUGAAGUACGAUCCAAGUUACAGAAAAUGUCUCCGGGGAAACUCGAAAAGACUUUAAAUACGCCUCAGAAGAUAAAUUACGAAGAGAAAGAUGCUAGUGAAGUACGAUCCAAGUUACAGAAAAUGUCUCCGGGGAAACUCGAAAAGACUUUAAAUACGCCUCAGAAGAUAAAUUACGAAGAGAAAGAUGCUAGUGAAGUACGAUCCAAGUUACAGAAAAUGUCUCCGGGGAAACUCGAAAAGACUUUAAAUACGCCUCAGAAGAUAAAUUACGAAGAGAAAGAUGCUAGUGAAGUACGAUCCAAGUUACAGAAAAUGUCUCCAGUAAAACUCGAAAAGACAUUGAGUACAUCUCAAAAAACAAAUUUUGAGGAGCAAGAUAGUCAAAUGUUAAGAGAUCAAUUAAAGAAAUUGGCACAGAAAAAGGCAUUGGCCCCACGACUAAAGCAACUCAAAAAGUCUCGUACAGAAGAUUUGCAAAGUGGAGCAAAAAUUGAGGAAACUUCAUUCAUUAAUGGCAAGAGUGAAAACCAAGAGGGAAGCAAAUCCAAUAAAAGGAGCAGUGACGAAUCAAAUGUGGAAUUAUCAUUUGAGCACAAAUUGGGUGCAAUACUUUCAAAAGCUAGUACUUUUCCACAAACUGGAUCGAUUACCAGGAAAACCUCAAGCAUCACCACCCAACAAUCUAGAGGUGACGGAAAGUUGGAACACUUGACUAAAACCCGGGCCAAGGGCGCUAAGCGGAGAUUACCAAAAAAUUUACAAAAACAAGUUGUUAAUUCAAAAACCACCACCACCACCACCACGCCAAAGAGAAAACCAGUAGACGAAGAGGAAGAAUCAGCAAAUGUUUUGUCAAAGAUUAAAAAACCACCGCAGAUUAAAGAAAAACCAAAACAAAUCAACGUAAAACCAAGAGUGAUCAGCGGUGAUCUCUUUAUAUAG